AUGUGGGUCACAGUGAACUUGGCUUGUUUCCUGGUGUUUGGGGGGCUGCCGUUGGGUCUCUCCUCUUGCCCUUCCCAAUGUAGCUGCUCUUUCCACAGCAUCAACGAAGGGACAAAAGUAAGAGCAAUCCUGUGCAAUGACCCAGAGAUGACUCUCACACCCGUGAACUUCCCAGGGGAUACGUUUAAACUCCGAAUAGAAAAGACAGCCAUCCGAAGAGUCCUGGGAGAAUCGUUCCAUUCCCUUCACAACUUGGAAUUCCUCUGGAUGCCCUAUAACUCUUUGGCAAGUCUCAGUGUGACUAACUUCCGGGGCCUCUGCCGGUUGCAAGAGCUGAGAUUGGAUGGGAACUUUCUGGCCACCUUCCCAUGGGAAGCCCUCCUGAGCAUGCCACAGCUGAGGCUGCUGGAUCUGCACAACAACGAACUCCCCUCUAUCCCAGCUGAAGCUGCCCAGUACAUCCGGAACAUCACUUACUUAGAUAUCUCAAGCAAUAAACUAGUGACGCUUCCUCAAGAACUUAUAGCAGUGUGGUCAAACCUCCAGGCAGUUCCAUACUUCCCCAAAGACAAUUCUAAGAUCAUCUUAGGUUUACAGGACAAUCCUUGGAUGUGCAACUGCAGCCUCUAUGAAAUGGUUCACUUCCUCAACUUCCAGACCCCCAACGUAGCAUUCAUUGAACCCAGACUGAAAUGCUUCACUCCACGGAGCCUGGCUGGAGUUCUUUUCAGCCAAGUUAAACUACGAAAGUGUCAGAGUCCCAGCAUACACACAUCUGUCGCCAAAGUGAGGACCAUGCUGGGAAGCACUGUCCUGCUGCGCUGUGGCACCACUGGGGUGCCUAUUCCCGAGCUAAACUGGAGGAGGGCUGAUGGAAACCCUCUCAAUGGGACAGUACAUCAAGAAAUUUCCAGUGAUGGAAUGAGCAGGUCUAUUUUAGGCUUGCCUGAUGUCUCUUACCUUGAUUCUGGAGAAUAUAUAUGCAAAGCAAAAAACGUUCUUGGAGCAACGGAAGCUUUCAUCUCUCUUAUCAUCACCAACUCGGAAAGCACAGAUGACCCCACUGCAAACUCAAAAGGAACAUGGAACGGAAAAGUGAGUGGGAUGGAAGCAGCUGCUUACAAUGACAGUUUGGUGGCAAGGUAUGUUUUCACCACGCCAACUUCCCCUACCAUGGGUGCCAGAUCAAUUCGUGCCAACAUGGAAGGGAACCUGGCGUUUCAAGAUGAGGCACUAGAUAUGAUCAAUCAUCAAAGAAAUCUAUUAGCAAGUCCACCCACUGCCCAACAGGAGCCUAAAUGCAUAGUAAGGUCCGUCAGAGUAAAAGGAGACACUGAUCACAGUGUCUCAUUAGCGUGGAAAGCUCCCCAGGCCAAGAAUACAACUGUGUUCAGUGUCCUUUAUGCUAUAUUUGGUGAAAGGGACAUGCGUAGAAUCAAUGUGGAGCCAGGUAAGACCAAGAUCAUCAUCAAUGGCUUGAUGCUGAAGACCAAAUAUAUAGUGUGUGUCUGUGUGAAAGGGCUGAUUCCCAGGAAGGAGCAGUGCAUCAUAUUUUCCACAGAUGAAGUGGCCAGUGCUGGUGGAACCCAGAAACUUAUCAACGUAGUAGUUGUCAGUGUGGCCUGUGUCAUCGCUGUCCCUCUGACGUUAGUGGUCUGUUGUGGAGCCCUGAAAAGGCGCUGCAAAAAAUGUUUCACACGGAAACCCAAGGAAAUUCAGGACUCUUAUGUCACCUUUGAAAGCCUCUCUCCAGGGGCCAAAGCAAAAGAGAUGGAAGGGGAAUACUUGAUUAGACACACACCUGAUGAAUCUAAUAGGUUGCUCUCAGCAAGGUCAAGCGUGGAAUCGGAAGCAAUACCAAAGGCAGAAGGACAGCCAAAUGAAUAUUUUUGCUGA